CAUUGUUGGAUUCACCGUAGCUAGGGUUUCUCUCCACCCAAUCCAGUUUUUGUCAAAAAUCCCCCCCUCCCAAUUCGGAACGUGUUCUCUCUCGAUCAAAAACAAAAUUCCUUUAAGAACGAUCGAUUUCAUUUGAUUUUCCCAGAAAGAAAGCACAGCAACAAUCAAUCGACCAUGACGGGGAAGGCUAAGCCGAAGAAGCACACCGCGAAAGAGAUCGCCGCGAAGAUCGACGCAGCCACCACCAAUAGAGGCGGCGGAAAGGCCGGUCUCGCUGACCGGUCCGGCCAAGUUAAGGGCGGCCAUGCCAAGUUCGAGUGUCCACACUGCAAGAUUACGGCGCCUGAUGUAAAGACUAUGCAGAUUCAUCACGAGUCGAAGCACCCCAAAAUCCCUUUUGAGGAGGACAAGGUUACGAAUCUCCACGUUGAUCGUGCUGCCGAGGCGUCUAAGGGCAAACCGGGUGUGAGAGGUAGUUUAAAGAAGUGAUGAAAUCCGAAUUUCUGGGUGAUCAAGGAUGAUGAUAAUGGAAGUAGAUUACUGGGAACUGAUUCAUGGUUGACCCAACUAUGAAGGGACGAAAUCAUAAAUCCAAAUGUGGUCGCCAUGGCUUCCUUGAUGUAAGUUAAAUGUUUUAACAUUCUAUCAUCUUUGUAUGGUAGUUUGAAUUGUGUUAGAUGUUGAGAAAGCUGGGCCGUUUGGCAUAAGUAAGAUAGCUGAAGUGAAUCAGAUGAAUGACCGAGUUUCUUUGUUGUCAAUUAUCAUGGUUUUUUUUCAACAA